UAUUCCAGCCUCAGGCCGAUCCAGAUCCAGAAGAGCUGCGUCCACUCAGACGGCUGGUCAGGAGAGAUUGGGUUCUGUGGAUCGGGAACCGCUGCCAGACCCGACGACGCAGGCGGUGAGCCAGGAGCUUCCUGGAUAUUUGGCACCUCUGUCCUCUGUGUUUGCUGCUUCUGUUUCCACAGGUAAGGCCGACAGGAAGAGGAAGAGGCAGAGCGGCAGCCAGAGGAGCCAAGAUGAUGGACGUCCGUCCACUGCUAAACGCUCUCGCAGAGCCUCAGGCCGAUCCAGAUCCAGCAGAGCUGCGUCCACUCAGACGGCUGGCCAGGAGAGACUCGGUUCUGAUGAUCGCGCUCAGGAACCGCUGCCAGGCCCGACGACGCAGACGCUGAGCCAGAAGCUGCCUGGAUAUUUGGCACCUCUGUCCUCUGUGUUUGCUGUUUCUGUUUCCACAGGUAAGGCCGACAGGAAGAGGAAGAGGCAGAGCAGCAACCAGAGGAGCCAAGAUGAUGGACAUCUGUCCACUGCUAAACGCUCUCGCAGAGGAGGAUAUGCGAAGGGCCCAUUGCUGGGACGAGGCGGAUUCGGAUCUGUGUAUGCUGGGAUCCGCAGGUCUGACAGACUGCCAGUUGCCAUCAAGUACGUCCCUAAAAACAGGACCCAAAGGAGGCUGAAAGUUGAAGGUCAGGGUCUGCUGCCGCUGGAGGUGGCAUUGAUGAUCCGGGUCAAUUCAGCACCCACCUGCCCCAAUGUCCUGCAGCUUGUGGAGUGGUUUGAGAGUCGCAGUCACUACUCCAUGAUCCUGGAACGGCCAGUUCCCUGUCAAGAUCUGCAGAGUUUCUGCAAGGAGAACGGCUGUGUGGAUGAGAGCUUGGCCAAGAAAGUGCUGGUUCAGCUGAUCACCGCUCUGAGACACUGCGAGAGCCGGGGAGUCCUGCACCGGGACGUCAAGCCAGGGAACCUGCUGAUUUCCACAGCGUCCCAUGACAUCAAGCUGCUGGACUUUGGUUGUGGAGGCCUCCUAAAGGAUUCGGCCUACACAAGCUUUGCAGGUACUCUUGAGUACGCUCCUCCUGAGUGGUUUGAUCAGCACUGCUAUCAUGCAGGACCGGCCACUGUUUGGUCUGUGGGGAUGACGCUCUACAACAUCCUGUGCUUUCCCCUCAGAGCCGCACCGAGGGUCUUCAAGUUCUUCCCUAGCGGACUGUCUACAGAGUGCCGUCAGUUGAUUAGCUGGUGUCUCAGUGAUGCGGCAGAAGAUCGUCCCAGUUUAGACGACAUCGAGCGCCAUCCUUGGUUGCGCUGAACAGGGAGAGCUGGAGAGACACAGGAACUGCAGAGAUCUUCCUGAUCACCUACAGAACGAGAAGUGGAGCAUCAACUACAGUUUACAUCCUCUGCUCCGUUCUGUGUGGAUGCUGCAGGAGCUGAACACACAGCGGCAGCUGAAACCGGAGCCCGGGCCAGAGAUCAGAUGCUCGAAAGGAGCAAAGCCUGUGGCAAUCCGUUUUAGCUUUUAUUCAUUUCCAGGAUAUGAAUUCUUGAUAUCAACAAUUUAAUAGU